AUGCGGCACUUUUAUCUGAUUUCGGCUGUUGUGGCUCUGACCAACACUCUUGGUGUCGAUGCCGCACAGAAAACAACAAGUCUGACCAAUGCCGCACAAGACUUGUUCGAUUGGUCCAUGACUGUGAAUGAUCUUCGCUUCGAUCAGUCAUACAAAUACAUCAGGAAUCCAGACAAAGGUCCCUGGAGUACGCGCUUCACUGCGUGGUACGUUGCUGGUCUGCUGUACCGCAACAAUGGCAGCGACUGCGAAAAUGCCAAGGCUGCAAUCGAGAACAUAAUCUCCUGCCAAUAUUCCGACUCGACUUACUACGAUACUGCAUGGUACGGCACAUUCAAGCUGUCCCCAGAUCAGCCAGACCCGACACCUGACUCCGAUCUCUACCCUCCCAAGAUCUAUGGCACAUAUGACCCCAACUGGCGAGAGUUUAUCGGCUCGCAACUCGUUCAAGUCGUCGAGGAAUUCUCCCCAAUCAUUGGCGACGAGCUCGUGAAUAGGAUCGAAGACUCUCUGGAGAUUGCCGCCGUCGGCUCCAUGCGCCGAAAUGGCUCUUUUCCGGAAGGCGACAAUUUGACCCCAGCGUACACCAACCCUGCCGUCAUGCGAGCCUGGUAUGUCGGCUGGAUCGGAGCUCGGCGUAACAACCAAACGUUCAUAGACUAUGCCAAUGAGCAGGGAACGCUGAUAGCUGAUCUGUUCUUCUAUAAUGGGAGCAAUGUCGUGUCCGAAUACCUGUCUCCGACAUAUUAUGGCAUGGACGUAUGGGCUCUGGCUGGGAGUAUUAAGUAUGGGGCGAAGAAUGCGGUCCUUACCACGAGAGCAAGACCAAUGUUGAAGUAUUUCUUCGACGAUCUUGCGGAUCAUUACAAUCCGUAUCUGACGAACAUGGUCGGACCAUACGAUCGAGCAUACUCCAGAGACUUGACGACCAAUUCUGCAGUGAUCAAUUACGUCUGGUGGGGACUCUAUGGCUACGGUGUCGGACCACAAUCAAACAAGCAAGAAGCGGAUCUGCUCUACGAUGUGGCACAAGGCGCAGCGCUAGCCCUCAUCAUGGACACUGCAGCAGAACACAUCUCUUCAUCUACCUCCGCGAAGCUGACCGCAACCGGUCCUUGGGAGGGCUCCCGCCUCAUCACCAAGCAGAUCUACGAAGAUACCGAUUCGGACGGCGAGGCUAGAAUCUCAACAUCCUGGAUCUCCUCUCCUCUCAUGAUCGGAGGCCAAGUCGUAAAUGAGACCGUGAAUCGCGGCGAACAGUAUGUUCCUGCACUUGUUCAAUGGGCCGGAGACAAGAAUCACAAUCCCCAUCCUUACAUGACAUUUUUCUCCCUCUACCCCACGGCUUCGACCAUCUCAGCGAUCGCCGGGCCGAACACACUGGAGAUCUCGUACCCAAAUACCACGCAGGACGGAACCAACAUCUUCACUUUCGCGCUAGCGCAGGUGCCACCGAGUUGGACGCUUGAGAAACGGAAGACAAUCACCGGGUUCUCAGAUCUGCCAUGUUUGAAUGUGACAGUGGACGCGCCAGAAUUGGAGCCAUUGCCUGUGAUCUAUGGAGCUACUCUGGAGCGCAAUAUAUUCUACAAUAUUUCUUACUUGGUCAAAGAAGACUUUGAGGGCAUUCCGUCGAUGAAGUUUGAGUUUGAAUAUACUUGCUAAUCAGGAUGUUGGCGAGCUGUAGCAGAUAGAUAUACAUCAAUAGAUGGUCUGUGUGAAUUGAAAUCCCGA